UUUCUGAUUUUUUUGAAUACAAAUACAUACACUUUUUCAAAGCCAUUUCUACUGUGCGCUUCACACAGUAGCCUCUGAAAAAGUCUUUGCAUUUAUACUGUUUUAACGUUCAAUUCAACAUGGUUGCUACAGAACUAGGGUUUUCUGAUGUGGGUUUUUGAUGGUUUUACUGUAUAUUGAAGUUACAAGUUUAAUUUUCAAUUAUUGUAUACUGUUUUAGUUUUUUUUUUUUUCUUGGUUGUGUUUUUUUUUUUGGUUAUGGAAUUUGUCAUUACUGCAUUAAUGAGUUCAGUUGUGUUUUGCUAGUUGGAUUUUGCAGUCUGCAUCAAUUUGAUACAUAGUUAUAUAUUGCAUUUUAGAUUUUCUUUUGGGACUAUUAUGUAUUGGCAAGUGUUUAAUAAUUGCUUUUUAAUUGAUAUACAUGAAGAUUUUGAUACUUAAGAGUAAUGGGUUGUGUGUGUUUUGAGUAAAACUUCUCAUUUCCAAUGGAAAGAUUUGAUUUUGGUGAAUUUUUAUUUGCAUUUGCAUGUCUAGGUGUGAAUGCACUUCCAUAUGCAUGCUGUAGCUGUAGUGCUACUUGCAUUUCCUCCCUGUUGUUUGACAUGGGAUGCAAUCUAUGACUUGGUGCCCUGUAAAUGGAUUUAGUGGAGUUUUUGGAGCUUGACUGGCUCUACGCAUGGCAGAGUUUUGUUGUCUUAUGGGGGAUUGUUUAAUCAUUUGUGGAUCGAUUUGGUGAUUGUUAACUUAUGAUAUUGAUUUAUAUCCCAGGAAGCACCAAUAUGGAUACAGAAUACAUAUACAAUUCAAUACCAACACAGCGAUUUGUCAAUUCUUGAAAAUUUAGUAUACAAUAUGGCAUGGAUGCUUCAAUUAAUUGAUAUAAAAGUAAACAUUCCUAAGUAAAUAUUAUGCUAAUUUUCAGUUUAAAGAUAAACAAGAAAUGUUAAUAGGUGCAAAAUAUGUUUGAAUGAUGAAACCAAUUAAGAAGCUAUUAGUUCAUAGAGGGGAAAUGGGUGAAAGAGGGAGUGAAAAAUUAUAAAAAAUUAAGUAUCUUGUGAGAGUAUCCAUAUUGGAUGUGUGUCCAAUACAUAUAUAAAUGCUAGUUGAAAUAAUUCAUGCUUCCUAGGCUCUGUCUAAUAUGCCACUUGCUGCAAGAAUACCUGUGUGGAAUGCAUGCAAUUUCACCAAUUUUAAGUGUUGAAGAUUGAGGUUCAAUAACCAUCAUGGACCCUGCUUGCAAAUAGAAAAAAUCUGAUGUCUUCUAUGCAACUCAAGUUCUGCAAUGGUUGCUAUGCAUCAUUUCAUAAUUGGAAGGAGUGGGAGUUGCUUCUCAUACAGAUUCCUUUUUACAUUUGAAAUUUCCAUAAGUAUUACUUGUACUAGGUCCCAUUGUCUGCCCUCAACUUUUAGCCCUUGGAGUAACUUCAACAUAAUCAAGCUUUUUGCCUUCCUAAAUUGCAAAAUAAUUUUCAAGAAUGACGCUUGCUAUGGAAGAACCAUCAUGUAGUUCUGCAGUAGAAGCCAUUGACUUAAUUUCAGCAGUGAAGGGGUUGCAUGGGCUUAGCUCCCUGGAACUUCAUAAGUUAUUGAGGGACUCCGAAAACUUCACUAUUCACUACCUUAAUAAAAAGGGGUCAUCAAUUAAGAUUGAUAUGGAGAAGCUUGCAUCAUUUCUUCCCUUACACCUUAUGGCAGUGCUUAUGUCAUCUGACAAAGAUGAAACCCUGUUCAGAUACUUGUUAUCCGGCAUUCGUCUCUUACAUUCAUUGUGUGAUUUAGCACCUCGACACGCUAAACUUGAGCAGAUUUUGCUAGAUGAUGUCAAGGUGACAGAGCAGCUGCUUGACCUGGUGUUUUAUUUGCUAAUUGUUCUUGGUGGUUAUAAACAGGAAACCCGUAAUGACUCCAUGCCCCUUAUGCAUUCAGCAAUGGUGGCAUGCAGUCUAUAUCUAUUAACAGGAUGUAUAUGUUCACAAUGGCCAGAUCUUGCUCAUGUAUUGCUUGCACACCCUAAGGUUGACGUAUUUAUGGAUGCUGCUUUUGGAGCAGUUCUUGUAGCCAUUAGGUUUCUCGACAUCAAGCUGUCAGCUCAAUAUCCUGUUUCAUGCAUGAAAUCAAAUCUGACUGCUGAACAAAUAGUUAACUAUCUCUGCCAGCAAUGUGAGGCUUCUUUACAGUUUCUUCAAUCAUUGUGCCAACAAAAAAUGUUUCUGGAGCGCCUACUCAGGAAUAAGGAACUAUGUGAAAAGGGUUGUGUUCUGUUUUUGGCGCGAGCCAUCUUGAAGCUAAAUGUCACACCACCUUUUGUAGAAUCCUCUAGAGUUGUGGCUGCUGUAUCUAGGCUGAAAGCUAAAGUCCUAUCAAUUCUGUUGAGUCUGUGUGAAUCAGAAAGCCUCUCUUACUUGGAUGACGUUGCUAGUUCACCAGGGAGCCUGGAUUUGGCAAAAUCUGUAGCUUUAGAGGUUUUUGGGUUAUUGAAGACUGAGCUUGGUAGAGAUCCCAAACAUCUUGCUUCCUGCUCUGACAGAUGUUACCCCAUGGGUUUUUUACAACUCAAUGCAAUGCGCCUAGCUGACAUCUUCUCAGAUGAUUCAAACUUUCAUUCUUACAUUACAAUAUACUUUACAAAAGUUCUGACUGCAAUAUUUUCACUUCCUCAUGGAGAUUUCGUAUCUAGUUGGUGUUCUUCUAACCUCCCAGUAAGGGAAGACGAUUCUACUCUUGAGUAUGAUUCAUUUGCAGCAGCUGGAUGGGUUUUGGAUAAAUUUUCAUCAUUGGACCAACCAAAUGAAACAAAUUUGGAAUUUACUUUAAUUCCCAAUAGCAUACGUCAGGCUUCCUAUGCGCAUCAGAGAACAUCAUUAUUUGUCAAAAUAAUAGCAAAUCUUCAUUGUUUUAAUCCCAACAUCUGUGAAGAGCAGGAGCGGAACCUCUUCCUUCACAAGUUUGUAGAGUGCUUGAAAAUGGAUCUAUCAAAAUCAUUGCCUGGUUUCUCCUUUACUUCUGAUGCUCCAAAAGCUGCCAGUGUUUGCAGGAAUCUGCGUUCAUUGCUAAGUCAUGCAGAAUCUUUAAUUCCUAAUUUUUUGAACGAGGAAGAUGUACAGCUUCUAAGGGUGUUCUUUAACCAAUUACAAUCAUUAAUUACUUCUGCUGACUUUGAGGAAAAACAAGUGCAGGAGGCUCAGAGUCCAGAGGGAUGCUCAUCACCUUUUCUGAGGAAAGAACCUCCAAAUUCUAAUGGCCAACAUGGUAACUUAGAGAAGGAAAUGUUCAAGGAUUCUGCUUUUCAAGAAAUGGACCAGUUUUGCAUCAAAAGUGGACAUGUGGAACAUGGUGAUGAUAUGAUAACGCAAGAUAGGAGGGAGGGUAAAGGUAUAUCCAGUACAAGAGCAUCUGAAGGUUUGAGAGAAAUGGACAGAGAUGCUCAGAAUAUUGAAACAAGUGGUUCAGAUACGAGUUCCACUAGAGGAAAGAAUGCCAUUGAUCAAAUGGACAAUGGUGAGUUCCUGAAAUCAAGUGAGUACGUAAAAGAAAGUGGAUCUGGUGGAGAUACAGAGGACAAACAAGUUGAAACCAUUCAAUGUGAAGAAAAGCAGCAAAGAAAACGGAAACGAACUUUAAUGAAUGAUAGACAGAUGAAUAUGAUCGAGAGGGCUCUCUUAGAUGAACCUGAUAUGCAGAGAAACGCAGCUUCCGUACAAUCAUGGGCUCAUAAAAUAAGUCUUCAUGGUUCAAAGGUUACAUCUGCACAGCUAAAGAACUGGCUGAACAACCGGAAAGUCAGGCUAGCUCGUGCCCGUGCGGCUAAGGCUGUUCGUGCAGCACUAGAGGUUGAAAAUGGUCUUCAAGACAAGCACAGUUCACUGAGACUAGCCAAUGACUCACCUGAGAGUCCUGGUGAAGAUUCUUAUGUCCCAAGAGAUGCUUUUGGAGAUCCUCAAAGCAUUCUGGGAGCUAGUGAUGGUGAAAACUCUAUGAUUGUCCAGUCAAACUUUAUUGUUGUUGGCCGCGCAGAUUUUGUCCAGUGCAAGCCAGGUCAGUGUGUAAUGUUUGUAAAUGUGAAAGGAGAGGAGAUUGGUAAGGGAAAGGUGUAUCAGAUGCAUGGUGAAUGGUAUGGAUGGAAGUUGAAGGAACGAAAGACAUGCGUGCUGGAUGUUUAUGAGCUUAAGGUUGAGAAAGGGACUAUUCUUCCUCACCCUUCUAAAUCUACAGGCAUGUCAUUUGAAGAGGCUGAAACAAAGAUAGGGGUAGUUAGAGUGUUGUGGGAUUUAAGCAAAAUAUUCACUAUCCGACCUCAGUGAAUGUAUAUCCCAUUCUUAAAGUGGCUGGGGGGAUAGUUUCUUGUUACAUGCAAGCUGUCAAUUGUACAUCUUUUAGACACAAACCAAAAAUAAGUUUAGCAAAAAGAAAAGAAAUCAAUUAUAGGUUCAAUUUAAAAAAUUGUUUUUUUUUUUAUACAAAAAAUUUUUGUUUUUACUUA